AUGUCCGCAGAUACGCUUUCACUCCCCCCUCCGUCUGAUGAGCAGGCGUACAUGGAUGUAUCCGCCCUUGAAGCCGGACACCUGAGCGUCCCUCUGGAUCUUAUUUUGGCUGGGGAUCAACCGGACGAACCGAUGAAUUGCCCCUCACUUGCAUUCUUCCUGCGUCACUCGAAGAGCAAUAAACGAGUCGUUUUCGACCUAGGAAUUCACCGAGACAUAAAAGAGUUUGCGCCUGCUGCAACAGAAAGGUUCUUGCCUGUCGUGAAGCAGACGGUAGCAGAGUCUUUGGAGGCGGGUGGAGUUCCCCCUUCCUCCGUUGACAUCGUAGUCUUAAGCCACCUCCAUUGGGAUCACGUCGGAGAUCCCUCUCCAUUUACGACUGCUGUGUUCGUCCUCGGAGAGGGAUCGAAGCAAGUUUUAAUAGACCCUAGUUCCUGCCUCAAUCCUGUAGCCUUUACAUCCAUUCGUCUGCCGGAAGAUCGUCUGCGCUUCAUCACAGAUUUCGACCUAAAUGUGGCGAUUGGUCCCUACCCGCGCGCAAUGGAUAUUUUCGGCGAUGGCAGCAUGUAUAUCAUUGAUGCAUCAGGGCAUGUUGACGGGCAUAUAAAUAUCCUUGCGCGCACUUCCCCAGACGGUGCUUGGAUCCUACUAGGUGCAGAUUCAGCUCAUCACCCUGAUCUGAUCACUGGGAAGAUGCAAAUUGCGUACCGUGUCGACGUGAAAACGUGCGCAGUGAUGUGUGUCCAUGAAGAUAAGGAAGCCGCGGAGGAGAACAUUCGCAGAAUGAGGUUGCUGUUAGAGGUCCCGAGGGUGCAGGUUCUGACUGCACAUGAUAUUUACUGGUAUGAAGAAAACAAGAAUAAGGAGGUCUUCUUACCGCACAUAUUACUUCCGCUUGUGUAA